CCACACUUUAGAGAGAAAGAGAGGAGCCAUAGGAAUGAUAAAAAUCGAGAAAAAUCUUAAAAUGGAAAAUUCCUAAAUAGUCAUCGGAUUUGAAACCCACCAAAUUAUAAAAUUGAUAGAGGGGAAGAAUCCGGGACUGCCCAUUUUUUGGUUCUGAAAGUCAUUUCACUGUCUUGCAUGCUUAACACUUUGCUGUCUUUGUUGUCAGCAUUGUUUGUUUAGGAGUCUAAAUGGGAGUAUUUUUGGAUGGCCAAGGAAAAAAAUGGGAGUGUUUUUGCUGUGGGUUUUAGCCUUUUAGUGCAAAAAUCAGUGAUAGUCUGAAAGACAAAAGCAAAAUAGGAAAAAAAAGAGGGCAUUUUGGCCUAGGGUUUUGUUAAGUGAAAGUGACUGUGACUGUUUAAAGAAAAAAUGAUUUCUUUUGAGAGAAAAAUGGAGCUUGAGGGGCAACUUAAGGAAGCUGGAAACAACCUCCUUAAUCCACCAUCUUCUAUUGAUGAGCUUCUCUUUCUUCUUGAUAAAGUUGAGAACCUGCUUAUCAGCGUGGAGCAGGCACCACCUCGGUCGAUGCAGAAGGCACUUCUACCGUUGAUGAAGGCAUUAAUUUCAGAUGCCCUCUUGAGGCACUCAGAUAUGGAUGUGAAGGUUUCAGUUGCAUCCUGUAUAACUGAGAUUACAAGAAUAACAGCACCAGAUGCUCCUUACAAUGAUGAAAGAAUGAAGGAAAUUUUUCAGCUGACUGUGGCAGCUUUUGAAAAUUUGUCGCAUGGGUCCAGUCGCUGUUAUACAAAGGCAGUUUCAAUUCUUGAUACUGUUGCAAGAGUGCGGUUGUGCUUGUUGAUGUUGGACCUUGAUUGUGAUGAAUUGAUUAUUGAGAUGUUUCAGCAAUUUUUGAAAAAAAUUAGGUCCAACCAUCCUAAUACUGUAUUUCUGGCCAUGGAAUCAAUUAUGACCUUGGUGUUAGAUGAAAGUGAAGAUAUUUCCUGGGGUCUUCUUAGUCCUCUUCUGGCUAGUGUAAGGAAGGAAAAUCAGAAAAUAUUACCUACUUCAUGGAAGCUAGGGGAGAAUGUCAUUGCUAAUUGCGCUUAUAAGAUUAAACCUUAUCUCAUGGAAGCAGUACAGUCUAUGGACAUUGCUUUGGAUGAGUAUUCUCCAAUCAUUGCUUCAAUCUGCAAAAGUGAAUCUGAUGCUCUCAAUAAGUCUGGGGACCAUUUGGUGACGGUGGGUCCUGUUUUUCGUGGAGAACUUUGUCAAGCUGUGGAUGCUAUUUCCAAGUCGUUGAUGAGGAAUGUAACUGCUGGUACCAGAGAAAACAACAGAAUUAACAAUGGCAUCUUAAAUAUUAAACCUUCAAAAAUCCUGGAGCAUUCUCAUGUGGAGGUGCCUCGAGGUGCUGAUGCUCCUGGUGGUGCUGGACCUGACAACUUUGUCUCUUUAUAUCCGGUCAAAUCAGAAACUGAGCCAGAUACUAUGCCAAAGAAAAGGGGCCGAAGACAUAAUUCCUUGAUGAAUGCAAAAGAGGACCAUGAUCAUUCUUGGAUUUGUAUGGCUAGGAACCCUCUGCAAAUCCCUCAUCAUAGAAAACGUCAUGACAAAGGAGUUGAUUGUUCAGUUGUUGCAGACCCAGAUUUGAAGGAUGCAGCUCCGCAAUUGAAGGAUGAAAAAGUGACUGAAUCUGAGAUGUCUUGCCAAAUUAAUGAAAUCAUAGGGGCUUCUUCUGCAUCUCCAAAUGGUGGCCUUCCUGGAGGACGUCAUCGAAGAAGGGGCCAGUCAAAAGGGAAAGAGAGCAUGACAACUGAAAAUGCUGAUCCUAAUUCCUCACUAGCAAAGAGAUUGGAGUUUAAGACUCAGAUUGUGGACAAACUCACACGACCUACAGAUGCCAGUCUGAAAAUGAAAUCUGAAGACAAAACUUCAGAAAGGAAACGGCCAAAGCGCUCAAGAAGGGUUGAGAUUGAUGCAAAGCCAAUCCAAGCUCCUCCGUAUUUUGUCCCAGAAAAGGAAGCUAGAGUUCGAAGUGACCUCGAGGAGAAAAAGUUGCUGCAGGCAACUCUAAAGAAAUAUAUAAAUAAAAGAACUUUGGAUGAUGAUGCUAUGCUGGAUGAAAGCAUCACUGGAGCAUCUGGUAAUCAGAAGAUGAAUUCUAGACCUGUAACUACGGCUAGAAAAGGUGGGACUUACUUGGAGAAAACUCCUAAAACAAAUCCCAAGGGGCAAAGAAAUGCUGGAAAGGAAAUGGCCUCUGAAUUGCCUGAUCUUGGUGAGGAAUUGAUUGGUAGGAGAAUAAAAGUUUGGUGGCCAAUGGACAAGACAUUUUAUGAAGGUGUGGUAGCCUCCUAUGACUCCAUUACAAUGAAGCACAGGGUGCUAUAUGAAGAUGGUGAUGAGGAACGACUGAAUCUGAGAAGGCAACGCUGGCAGCUCAUUCAUGACAAAGGCCAAGAAAUUGAUCUUCCAAAACCUGAUGUUUCUCUUGAUAUACUGCCAAAGCUGAAAGGUAAAACACAUUCAAGCUCACCCAAAUCAGCCAAGCGCCGUUCAUCCUUCAAAAGGAAUGGUGUUCAUGCAAGCACAGCAACACGAAAAUCUAAAUCCUAUGGUGGUAUCUCUCCUGAUGGUGGUAUGCUUGAGAAGCCUUCAGUCGAUGAAUCAGUGAAAGAUGCAUCUACGACUAUGACAGAUAGCAGAUCAAGUGGUGAUGGUCAAAAGUUUGCUGAUGAGCUGAAGGCUGAAAGCAAUUCUAUGGAGUCCAAGCCGACAAUAGCAGAGAUGCUGCCAUCAUCUGACGGUACAAGUCUCAAAGAUGGUGAAUCUCUUAGUGCUAUGCCCUGUGACAUAAGAGGGAACCAAGAGAAGGAAACCUCCCUUUGAGGCUGAAACCAUGGGAUGUAUGUAUGAAAUGUGAACAGAACCUUUAAAGCUUUGUAAGUUCAGCCUCGUUAACAGGUGAAGGGUUGGUGUGUUUGUUUUUUUUUCCCUCCUUAGAUGAAAAAUGAGGCUCAGUUUUGCUCUCAUAUCGUCAUAGGGCUGUAUAUGCAUCUUUCCAGUUGUGGAAUGUAGUUGGUGUCUGGACCCUAGUGAUGUAUGUAGUGGGAUCAGUUUGAAUUGCUUGCUAUUACCCCGAAAAUAUAACCAAAGUCCAUAGAAAUAUGAAAAGGUGUUUUGGGAAUUUGCA